GCGGUGAAACAUUGUUAUGUGAUGGUCGAUGUGUACAGAAAUCGUCUCAUUUGUCUGUAAUUCAAUUCGCAAAACUGUGGUCAGUGUUGUGAAAUGGUUGGCUUUCUUGGAAAUUAUUUUUUUGACGCCAUUUUACUAAUUUAACGAAAAUCAAUAAUCUUAAAUACUAUCUAAUCUAAUCGAAUUAGGACAGAAGUAGGUGUAGUUAGGUCGACGCCUCUUUAUUUAAAUUCUUGUGAGUGAAGUCCAAAUAUUACACCAGAAACACAUUUUUAUCUAAUCUCAUUGGUAGGCAUUAAAUCAAUAAUUGAGAGCUUUAAUUUUAGAUACAGUUGAAGAUUCUUGGUGAUAAAAAAAAUAACAAACUUUCACUCAUUGAGUCCAUUAGAAGAAUAAUCAUUUUUGAUUUCACAAAUAUCAAUAAACAUGAAUUUCAUGUAAAUGCUUGAUAAGAAUUUUACUUGCGUGUUUUCGUAUGAUUAAUAGGUAGUCGUGAAUUUGAAACGUCAUUCAUUAUCUUUACUAUUGUGGUACAUGGACGCCAUUCAUUACCGUUUACAAUGAAAUGAGGUAACAAACUUUUUAAUUGCACAAACAUUUUGUAUGCUAGUCGGGUAAUUGACGGCUUAUGUAAAUAUUUGGGUAUUUUCGAUAGCGAAUUUUGCAACAAUAGCCGAACUGGGGAUAAAAGUGUGUUGUUGGUUGGAUAAUUCUAGACCUAGCAUCUUUCUAAAAUUCCAUUGACUCGUGAUAAUUUCAAGUGGGCCAUCGAAAAAUUCGCGGUCAUCGUCUGGUGUCCAUGAACUCGAUGGUGUUUUGAGCACCUGUAUGGACAAUCUCGAGUGACUUGGCGCCCGACCGGCCGAUUCAUCAUUCUUUUUCUGUUAAAAGUUGUUUGUUGGCAACAAGAAAGUCGACCAAAAAUGUGAAUUAAAGUGCUCAAAAUGCUCGUUCUUAAGAAAAGUGCUGCCGAUUCGCUGGGAGUGUGCCUCAAAUUGGGCGACUAUAUAAGACACCCGGUUCUUUAUGAACUGUCUCACAAAUAUGGCCUGCCGACUGAAAAUAUUUCCGAUUCCCAGCUGUCGGGGAAGUUGGAAGAAUUGAAAGAAAUAAUAAGGAGGGAGAUUCGAAAAGAGUUGAAAAUUAAAGAGGGUGCUGAAAAAUUAAGGGGGGUUUCGACCGAUCGAAGAUCACUAAAUCAUGUCGCUACAAUUGUUAAAAAUUCAAAUUGGAAACUAGCCGAAUUAAAAAAUGAACUCAGCGAAUUGGAAUCACAAAUUAUACUCUCUCAGGGACACACUACGCCAUCUACACCAUCAUCAAAUGGGGAUUCUUUACCACGAUCCCCCUUAGAAGGCCAUAAUGAUAAGGUGAAUGCAAGCCAAUACACCAGAAUCGAGAAUUUAGAACGGCAAUUAAAUAUCGAAUUAAAAGUCAAACAAGGUGCCGAAAACAUGAUCCAUAGCAUUAGGGAUAAGAAACUUCUAUCGGAGGCUCAACAAAUGCUCCAAGACUCACGAAAAAAAAUAGAAUAUCUUAAAAUGACAAUAACAAAGAUGAAACAUGACAUUGAUUCGAAACAAAGAGGGUCUAUGCACGAUCUCACUGCCAAUGGUGAUGUUAGUCACCGAGAAUUUGAACCACCGGUGGAUGAACGAAUCGAAGAUUUGAAACAUCGAUUAAGGGUGGAAGCAGCAGUUGUCGAGGGUGCCAAAAACGUAAUCAAAUUAUUCCAAAAUGGAAGUAAGGAUAAGAGCGAUAAAAAGGCGCUCUCUGAGGCACAGGACAGUUUAAGGGCGAGCAGUAUGAAGUUGGAUUUGUUGCGGAAGAGUUUAGAGAUGCGACGGGCGGAAUUACCGCCCGAUUCACCAAUCGCAAUGCAAUUGAAAGAAGAACUGGCAAAUGCUCAAACGUUUAGUCCUUUAUCUGUUCACUAUACGAGUUUGCAACCGUUUCGGGAAAGAACAAAUGGAAAUAAAAUGUUGACAUCGUCGUCGACGAUUAAUCGAUGUGCGGCCGUCACAGGUACCUUGGAAGUGAGACUAAUGGGAUGUCAGGAUUUGCUCGAGGAUGUGCCAGGAAGGCCGAGAAAGGAGGCCGAUGGUAGUUCCAGUCCCAUGGAUUUGAGGUUUUUCAAGAAAGGAGUGACGGGGAGAGGAUCAUCAAAGAGUUACAGUAUUAAAGAUGAAGUUAGUGAGGAGAUAAUGGCAGUGCUCAAGCUUGACAAUACGACAGUUGCUCAAACCAGUUGGAAACCAUGCUCACAACAAGCCUGGGAUCAAAGAUUCUCCAUAGAACUAGAUAAGCAUCGCGAAUUAGAAAUUGGUAUUUAUUGGAGAGAUUGGAGGUCUUUAUGUGCCGUAAAAUUCUUAAAAUUGGAGGAGUUUAUCGAUGAUGACCGCCACGGAAUGGCGCUGCAUUUAGAACCACAAGGUUUACUCUUCGCUGAAAUUAAAUUCCUCAAUCCGAUGAUAUCCAAACAGCCGAAAUUACAAAGACAGAAACGAAUAUUCAAACAGGUGAUGCCCCGAGCCAAACAAAUGAACAUUAAUAUUGUCACGUGGGGCCGAUGGAUGAAACAAUCGUCACGGAUUCCCAAUAGGAGUAACACAAUCGUGCAAUCGACGGAAAUGUUACCAGAAGAACCGGAGGAUAAACCGGAAACUCCCGGCGAGACUCCCGAUCCUCAGGCUUUCGGUUUGGGUGGUCAACGUCCACUCGGUUUAGGUGUGGCAGUUUUACCGGAAACACCACCGCCAGUUCCUAUCGCACCGCCACCAAUUGCCAAAAAACGAAUGUGUGUGACGCCGCCCCCCGUACCGCCAAGACUGGAUCCUGAGGAGCACUUUACAUUACAGAGUGCCGCUGCACUGAAGGAGUUUGAUUUCUUAGAGGAACAGGAGAUGUCUCGUUCGGGACCUCUUCUGAUUCCUUCUGCACCUUCUACACCUGUAGUAGUGAUUCCCGAGCAAUUGGUUCCUCCUAGUCCUCAGCCCGUAAUUGAGUUCCCAGACGACGAGCCGCCACUUGAGGUGGCGCGUCGGCCUGUGGCCCGCGAGUUGGGGUACCGUGACAGCGCUUACGAAUCCCGUCGCCACUCCCAAUAUACCGGCAUGAGUAUCGACAACUUCAAACUGAUCAGUGUCUUGGGUCGGGGCCACUUUGGUAAAGUCAUCCUCUCGCAAUACCGCAACACUGGCGAGUAUUUCGCUAUCAAAGCCCUCAAAAAGGGCGAUAUUAUCGCACGCGACGAGGUCGAAUCCCUCCUUUCCGAGAAACGCAUCUUCGAAGUGGCCAACUCCAUCCGUCACCCUUUCCUUGUCAAUCUCUUUGCCUGUUUCCAGACCGAAGCUCAUGUUUGUUUCGUUAUGGAGUAUGCAGCUGGGGGCGACCUCAUGAUGCACAUCCAUGCGGAUGUGUUCAGUGAGCCGCGAGCGGUUUUUUACGCCGCUUGUGUGGUGUUAGGGUUGCAGUAUUUGCACGAGAAUAAGAUUAUUUAUCGUGAUUUGAAGUUGGAUAAUCUUCUGCUGGACACGGAGGGUUAUGUGAAGAUUGCCGAUUUUGGGCUUUGCAAGGAAGGAAUGGGAUUCGGGGAUAGGACAGGGACGUUUUGCGGGACACCGGAGUUUUUAGCACCGGAGGUGUUGACGGAGACGUCGUAUACAAGAGCGGUGGAUUGGUGGGGAUUGGGGGUGUUGAUUUUUGAGAUGUUGGUAGGGGAGUCACCGUUCCCGGGAGAUGAUGAGGAGGAGGUUUUUGAUUCGAUUGUUAAUGACGAAGUUCGUUAUCCGAGGUUCCUAUCGUUGGAGUCAAUAGCGAUCAUGAGGAGAUUGUUGCGCAAGAUUCCAGACCGACGGUUAGGUUCCAGUGAAAGGGAUGCUGAAGAUGUUAAAAAACAAGCCUUCUUUAGACACAUCCAAUGGGACGAGUUGUUGCAUCGGAGGGUUCCACCCCCGUUUGUGCCCACUGUGCAUUCGAUGGAAGAUGUCAGUAAUUUUGAUGAGGAGUUCACCUCUGAGAAGCCGCAUUUGACGCCGCCGAAAGAGCCGCGGCCCUUGACCGAACAAGACCAAUACCUGUUUAGGGACUUCACGUACAUAGCCGACUGGUGCUGACAUUAGCUUUAGCUUAUUUCAUGAACAACAUGCUGCUUUAAUUUCAACUACAUGAACAAAUUAGUGUAAAUAAGAUCUCAGUAUUGAAAUCACGAUUCAUGCAAUUAUUCUGUAACAUAUCAUUUGUCAUGGUUUUUUUAUGUAGUAUUUUGUAAUUUAGUUUCUCGACAGUUCUGAUGUUCUGUAUAUAUUUUAUUCAUACUCUUGUAGUAAUAUUACUCAAAGUGUUGCAUUUUUCCCUGGAGUUGUUGCUCUUCCAGUACGUAUCAAGACUGUUGCAAUUCGAGAAUAGCUGAAUUUGGAAGUGCCUGUUUUUAAAAAAGAUCACGCUCAGUGUACAUAGUUACUAAUCCUAGUGUAAUCUAUUAUUUUUUGAUGCUUUAAAUAUAUACCUAUAAAUUAUAUGUAAGUUUUAAUACAAACAUGUAUAAGCUGACUUCAGUAAAUAAUGUUAUUUAUAUUCUUUACAUCACUAAAUAUUUACGAUAUGAAUAAAGUCGUGUUUAUCUAAGCAA